AUGCCACAAUUUGGAGCAACUUUCGUUCCUGGCGGUCACGACGACUACCAGAUGCCGCAGAUGUACGCGCCAUCGCCCCAGAGGGUUAUGCCCGAGGUCCCUCAAAACAUGCAACAAGGCCUCCAGCGCAUGGAACUCGAGGCCCGCGAGGUUCACCCACGACCGAACAACAACGGCUCUGCCCCCAACUACCUCGGCGACGCUGGCCACGUGCGAGGCGAGUCGCUCAGCAACGCCCUCUCCGGCUAUACCGACGCAGGCCAGAACUUCCGCCCCUUCGAGGACGGCGACCACAACAAGAGCUACAGGCCCAUGGCUGACUACGAGGCCCCCGGCGACUCCCCCUUCCCCAGGGUGAAGGGGGAGAACAUCCCGCCCAGCGACAAGGAGAAGGAGGAGAUACUAUACAAUGCGCGCCAGCAUGUGCUGCACUCCAACAACGUGAGCAUGCAGCUCACCUGGGCCAGGGACUCGCUCAACUACGUCGAGACUGCUGCCGAGGUCCGCACGCGCGAGGCCCGCGACAGCUAUGGCGCCCGCCCCCAGACCCCCGUCGUCGAGCACGACCUCAAGGUGGACGCCAUGAGCAUCGUCGGCUACCUCGUCGACCAGAACCACCCCGAGGCCAUCUUCAUGAAGGCCAAGUGGGACGAGUUUGGCAAGUUCGGCGAGAGGCAGGACCGCAAGGCCGCCUUCAAGGCCUACCGGCAGGCCGCCGAGGGUGGGUGGGCGCGCGCCGAGUACCGCAUGGGUAUGCUCUUCGAGAACUCCAACGAUAUCGACAGCGCCCUCAAGCACUAUCACAUGGGUCUCUCCCAGGGGGACUCGGCGGCCAUGUACCGCCUCGGCAUGAUGGCCCUGCUGGGCCAACACGGCCAGAGGCAGGACUUCCGGUACGGCAUCGACCUGAUCAACCGCGCCGCAGACACGGCCGACGAGGACGCCCCCCAGGGUGCCUACGUCUACGGCAUGCUCAUCGCGCGGGACCUGCCAGACAUCAUGGUGCCGGACGACCUGCUGCCGUACAAGGUGGACACCGCCAGGCAGUACGUCGAGAAGGCCGCCUACCUCGGCUUCUCCAAGGCGCAGCUCAAGAUGGGCCAGGCCUACGAGCUGUGCCAGCUCGGCUGCGACUUCAACCCCUCCUACUCCCUGCACUACUACGGCCUGGCCGCAGCACAAGGGCAGCCCGAGGCCGCGUUGGGCGUCAGCAGGUGGUUCCUGUUUGGCUACGAGAGCAACUUUGCCAAGAACGAGGCGCUGGCCUUCAAGUUCGCAAAGCAGGCUGCAGAUGCGAAGCUGGCCACGGGUGAGUUCGCCAUGGGCUACUACCAUGAGAUCGGGAUCCACGUGCCCAAGGAUCUCAAAGAGGCACGACGCUGGUACGAACAGGCGGCGUCGCAUGGUAACCAGGACGCGGUGGGGCGGCUCGACAGCCUGAGCAAGGACAAGAGCCUGUCCAAGAAGGACCACGAGACCACGGCGCUCACGAGGAUCAAGUCGCAGCACGGCUCGAUGAGGGGGAAACGGCCAGAGAGACUCCAGCGGAUGAAGGACCAGCAGCACAUGGCGCCUCUGCCCGAGGCUCCCAGGACGCCAAAUGAUCCCAGCGGAAGAGGAAGCCCUCGGAUAUCACCCAACCCCUCCCCUCGACAUGGACCCGUGAACCCCGACGGUCGGCCGCCAGCGUUCGGCCUGAACGUCAACGUCGACCACGGCAAUCUUGCCAUGCGACCCAAGUCAGCUGCACCGUACCCAGAUGACGAAAACGCCCCGCCGCUCAACAUGAACCGGCCCUCGUCGGCCGCACCAUACCCCGACGACGGAGGAUCCAGACUACCACCACCAUCCUCACAGCGCCCCUACUCGGGACUGCCACCUCCAGGGCGUCCAGAUCCCAAUGGACCUCGUCCAGGAAGUGCUGGCCGCCUGGGGCCAGGGCCAAAUCUGGCACCUGGCAUCAUCCCAGCAGGCAUGCCGCUCGGUCCUGGUGGUGCAGGUCGCGGUCGUAUGCCGUCCACUUCACCCUACCCGCCUGGCGGGCCGGCCGGACCAGGAGGUCGCAGACAGGGCAGUAUGAGCAACCUUACUCCCGGUCCAGGUCCUGGUCCUGGUCGUGGUCCAAAACCCAUGGCUGGGCCUGGUGGCAAUGGUAAGGACAAUUCCCUCUUGCUAGCCUAA